AUUACAUCUCUGGGUCUCUGAGUCUCCGCCCUUCCAUAAACGACACCGUUUGGAAUGGCUAGUUCAUCGUCGUCUCCUCCACAAAGCUCUCAUCAGUUCUUGACCUCUGUCCUCUCCCGACGAGGUCCCUCGGCCUUGCCCUACGCCGAGGACGUCAAAUGGAUGAUCCGCCAGCACUUUCUUUCCCUGGCCGAUGCCUUCCCGGCGCUGCAUCCACAGACUGCCGCCUACACCCACAACGACGGCCGCACAGUCAAUCUUCUCCGAGUUGAAGGCAACAUCCCAAUGGUAUACCUUCAGGUCACCUACUACAUCCCCAUCGUCGUCUGGCUCAUGGAGGCUUACCCUCGCCAACCACCCUGCGUCUACGUCAAUCCCACGCGCCAAAUGGUCAUCAAACGCCCUCACCCCCACGUCAACCCCUCCGGCCUCGUCUCCCUCCCUUAUCUCCAAAACUGGAUCUACCCCACCUCCAAUUUGGCCGAUCUUGCCCGGAAUUUGAGUCUCGUGUUCGGCCGUGAUCCGCCGCUUUACUCUCAGCAGCCUCGCCCAAACCUAAACCCUAAUUCUAUCCCUCCCAGAGCGUUUCGGCCAUCAUCUCCGCACCGGCCGGCGGCGGAUCGCACUCAAGUUCACCGCAACGCGGUUAAUAGACUGGCCGAUAGAUUACAUGGUGAUAGUGAGGUGUUAAGGAAGACAAGAGAGGCGGAAAUGGAAGAAUUAUUUAAUGCUCAAGCGGUGUUGAGGCAGAGAGAGGAGCAGAUUUCGAAGGGGUUGAGGGAAAUGCAAGACGAGAAGGAAGGCUUGGAGCUGCAACUGCAAAUGAUUUUGAUAAAUUCAGACAUCAUGGAGGCGUGGUUGAGGGAGAAUCAGGGGAAGAGGGUCAUAGACGUGGAGAAUGCAUUCGAGUAUUCCGAUUUUGUUUCGAGUCAGAUGCUGGAGUGCAGUUCUUCAGAUUUAGCUAUAGAUGAUGUGAUAUAUGCCCUGGAUAAGGCCCUUCAAGAGGGGUCAAUCCCCUUCGAUCAGUACCUGAAGAAUGUGAGGAUGUUAUCACGGGAGCAGUUUCUCCAUCGAGCCAUGUCUGCGAAAGCGAGGGCUACACAGCUGCAGGCUCAUGUCUCUAGUAUGGCUCAGAGGGCAUCAUCAUAAUACGUUAUAUGAAAACCCAUGCUUGUAAAUUUCACCACAUUUUCAUAUGAUUUGAGAAUGUUAUGGCCUUAUGGGAUGGCUCAAGAAGUGGCGGCGGACUGUGGGAGAAGGCUUUUGAGAAUGUUGGAAGAGAUGGGCUGGGGCUUCUGUAGGAACGCCUUUGAAGAAUGGUGAGGUUUAUAUGGUUUCCUAACUGAGGUGGGGCACACUUUGAGGUGGAGUCGCAGUGGCAGGGGGUGGGGGGUGUCCCACGUAAGAUGUAGGAAGAUUGGGGGAACCACUGGGCCAGACUGUGUGCCAAGUCAAUGCCUAGUUUGCACUGACGGUGCUUAUGUGUCUCAGCAAUGGUGGACUUUAGAUAAUUUAAGCACUUUUUUAACAAAAUAUUUGCAGAAAGGGAUGAUUAUGCUAAUAAUUUGGAAUCUAGCUUUGUGGUACAGAGACUCCCUCGCUUUUUUUAACAAAAAUAUUCUAUAGAAGAUGAUGGUUUGAAAACCAUUGAGAAAUAAUGAUAAUAAAUUAAUAAUAAAGCAGCCUAUUAGGGUUAGAAGUGACUAGGAGUGCUCAACGCCCGGUUCCACUGCGAAUCUCGAUCUUUCUCUCCACAUCUCACCGGCGGCGAUCUCUCAUAACAUGAGAUCUGUGUUGUCUCUAUUUUGUUUGGUAUAAAGUUUAAAUCUUCGAGAGGGGUAGUUUCUGUUGUGGAGAAAGAAGACCAGCUGUAGGCUUCGAGCCAUUGCGCACAGAAAUAUAGUGUAGGGAUCAUAUGAUUUGAGGUUAGUUUUUUGUGAAGAUAUGUGGAUGUUAUUCUUUUUCCUCUUCACUUUGCCAUGGAAUUUAGACCAUUGAUUUGUGUUGAGAAAAUAAAAGAAUCUUUGAUGUCAAAAAACAUGUUAUGAUCUAUUUUAAUUUAUGCUUUUGGAUUCGAAAUGUUUUCAUGUCUACAAUGCUUUGAUUUUAUAUUAUAAGGUUAUUUAGUUCAA